AUGUCGAACAAGAGCAACUACAGUCUGUGGAUUGGGAACAUCCCAUUCGACGUGACAGAAAAGGAGUUACAUGAAAUUCUGUCCAAGGUGGGGCAAGUGAUAAAUGUGAGGAUUAAGUAUGAUGUAGAUAAAAACAUAAGCAAAGGAUUUGCAUUUUGCGAAUACAAAGACUUGGAGACCUGCAUGCUGGCUCUUAAGCACAUUAACGGGUAUGAAGUGAAGGGUAGGAAGUUACGUCUAUACUGGGCGAACGAAGAGUUCAAGGAGAAGCUCAGCGCUUCAGGGAUUGGCUCGAUUGGCCCGACUGGUCCGAUUGGCGGUCCUGGCGGAGGAGUGCUGUCGAGGGGGCGUGGCGAACAUGGGAACAAACGGGGGGGGAGAGGGGCAUUGGGUUCUAAGGGGAACGUAAGAUUUGAAUCUGGAUUGGAGCUAGCUAGCCAUUUUGGUAGAAAACAUAAAGGACAGGUAAGUCAGACAGGAAUGUCACAACAAAAUAAGAAAUAUGAAUAUUUAGAAAGCAAAGAAGAAGAAAUGGUAGUGAAUCAGUUUAACGCAAAUAAUAUAAAGAAAGUAUGCAUAUCAAACAUUGUUCAUACAUUAACAACAUCACAAAUUAUGUAUAUCUUAACAUACUUUAAAAAUUACGCAUCUGACAAUUCUGGUAUGCUAAGAAUAUAUUUACAAAAACAUAAAAAUGUUGCAUAUGCAUUACUCCAUUGUUUAUUCCUUUUAAAUGUAAUCAAUGAGUACCAUAUGAUGAAUAACGAUUUAAAUAUGUUCAUAAAUGAUGAAGCUAUAUUAAACAGAGGAGAACGAAUCAUGCAAAUGAGAAGAAGUGGUAAUAUAAAAAUUAGUAUGGUCAGCAGCAUAACUGAUGGAAGAGGUAGUAGAAAUAUGGAUGACUACACAUCGAACACAUUUCAUCAGAAGAUGAAUAGAAAAAAUAAUCAGUAUGAAGAAAAUAUCAUUUCUAAUAUAAAUGAAGAUCACUCCUUUGGAAGAGGAAUCGACAAUGUUGGUUUAUCAUCUUCCUAUAUACACAAUUUAAAUAAUGCAGUUGGAAAAUCGAAAAGAAAUUCUCCUGGUCCUGUCACUGGAUUGUAUGCCAUUUCUAAGAAGGAAUUUUUAGCGCAUCCUUCUACACUCAUGAAUAGUAGUAAUAAAAAUACUGAAAAAAAAGAGCUAGACAAUUUGGUCUAUAGCAAAGGGUUGUUUCUGUCAAAUAUGGAUGAAGAUUAUCAAUGUGGUGGAAGAGGUAGUAAUAAUAAUAUAUACAAUGGUCGCUCCAGUAUGUAUAGUGGACAAGGCGAUGCACAUGAUUAUGGUAGUAGUAGUAGUACCCUUUGCCCUCAAGGGAACAGCACUGUUGGUUCUAAUUUGAAACCGAGGCAAAGGAAGAAGGAGCUAUAUGGUAAUACCAUCACGUUUCACAUGAACAAAGCGGGUAAUGACCAAUCACAAAGUGGGAGGCACUAUGACUCGAGCCUUUCCAAUCUCGCAGUUAGUUCUGACGGUAGGGAGGUCAGAAGUAGAAAUGGAGGCGGUAGGAAUGUGAGAGGUGCUGGCGGUGUUGUCGGUGUUGGCGGUGUUGUCGGUGUUGGCGGUGUUGUCGGUGCUGGCGGUGUUGGCGGUGCUGGCAAUAUUGGCUAUGUUGAGGGUGUGAAUAACGACAGCAGCAGAAGUGGCAAUAGUGGCAAUAGUGGCAAUAGUGGGGCCGAGGAAUUUAAACAUAAUUUCGAAUCAGAUUACCCAAACCGUGUCAGCACAAUCGGAAAUAAUACCCACGUGAACCACAUCGAAAGGGGAGAAAAAAAAAGCACCCUAGGAAGUCAUCUGGAUUGGAGGCAUUUGGACAGACGGAAGAAGAAGAAGCACAACGAGGAUGGUAGGAAUAGUGAGGAUGGUAAGGUUAGUGAGAAUGGCAAGGUUAGUGAGAAUGGCAAGGUUAGUGAGAAUGGCAAGGUUAGUGAGAAUGGCAAGGUUAGUGAGAAUGGCAAGGUUAGUGAGAACGGGAGCAUUCAUGAGAAUGGCAGCAUUAAUGAGAGUGACUCUCGUAGACGUGGGAAUAAGGGGGUGCAGGACCUCGAUAGCAUGUCAAACGGUUUGCACAACCAGAGGAGUGAAGUAGAGAUAAGAAGCGAAUUCAUAAACAUAGAAAGGAAUGGGAAAUGUGCAGGAGGUGUUGAUGAUGAGGACGAUGAACUGUUAUACGGAGGUAUUGCAAAUAAUAUGAACAGUUCAGGUGAUACAUAUCGAGGAAAUGAGAUAGUUACAAAUUUAAGGAAAAACUUAUAUCCAAAUUUGAGGAAAAGAAAUAAUAACUACAUGAUGAAUGGAAGUAGUAAAUAUUUAUUGUCUCAUCGAAAUGUUAUUGAGAAUGAGGAAAAAAUGGAAAAUACCUUUAGUGAUAAAGAGAAUGGAAAGAACAGUAGUCAAAAUUUAGUUGAAAAAAUGAACAAGAGAAAAUAUUACAAAAAUGUGUAUGGAAAUAAUGAUAAUGGAUACAUUAGAGUGGAGGAUGAGGAGCGAGAGGAUGAGGAGCGAGAGGAUGAGGAGCGGGAGGAUGAGGAGCGAGAGGAUGAGGAGCGAGAGGAUGAGGAGCGAGAGGAUGAGGAGCGGGAGGAUGAGGAGCGAGAGGAUAAGGAGCGAGAGGAUAAGGAGCGAGAUGCUGGGCAGCGAGAGAAAACUGAUUAUGUCAGGGAUGAUAGUAACAGCAUACGUACUAUAAAGAAUAAAAAUUGUAUCCUUGAAGAUCCAAUUUAUGCGAAUAUUGAACUACCUGAUGAGGAACUGGUAAAUGAAGUAAUGAAGAAUCAAGACAUUAUGAACAAUAUUUUGAAGUCUAAGGUGGAGGAUAUGAAAACUUGGAACCAUGAGCAACGUGUGCAGGUUAUUUCCAUCCAGAAAGCUUUACUUCUGAAGGGGUACCUUCUGCAGUAA